AUUAAAGAAGCCUCGCCCACCAUGAAAGCAUCUUGUGGAAUAGCGGCUCAACAUGGUGCGCGCUUCCGCUUGCCUAUUUUUUGGUACUACUGUCUCUCCUUCGCGGCAUUUGGAUUUCUGGCCAGCGACAUGGCGGAGGCGGUCAAGGUACGCUCCUUUCUGUCAGACCCCGAUACACUCCCACUGCAGGAAGUACGGACGGCGCAAAUCAGAACACCGCCUCUAGUUUCAGUGCCAAAGGAAUUUGAACUGCUUCCCGAUGAGUCGUGGAAUUGGAAGACGGGACUAUCGAAGCAAAAGGAGCUGGCGACUCAGCACUGGGUCGCGGGACUUUCGAUGCCCGACCACAUCGGGAUACGCUUUUUACAGGAUGUUGCGCGCGGCCCGGACGGUAUCGCCGACUUUCGCACCGCAGCCUGGCACGGCUUUGCAGGUUGUGUCCCCGUUGGGGUGCUUGCAGCGCGGGAGCGCGCAGAAUUCUAUGUGGAACUGUGGCAAGCAGUAGCAUUCGCAGAGCAGCUUUGGACAGAAGAGCAGUCCCGUCGUCAGACGUUCGUCACACGACAGGAACAGAUGAUGCGUAUUACCCGUAGCAGACGACCAGGGAGCGGGACCGGUAGGAGAGGUGGAUCUCCACCCGGCCUCUACACGACCAGGGGACGCAUUUUCUGCCACCAGUGUGGCAGAGAUCGAGAUUGUGAGAAGAUGAAGCAAAUCAAGCAAGUAGGAGCAUUGUCUGCGAGCUGCGCCCGGUCACUUCCAAGAACGACAAAAAAGGCGAAAAGUUCAAUAUCUAUUCCAGGGAUUACAUCAAAACGGAACCAUGCGACUUCGAAGAAGCCGCUUUCCGCGGAGCGGCUGCACCGGCUGACCCACCACCGAUGGGUGCAAUACACUGCCGCGAGCGACCCGGAUUCGGUCGACGGUGGAUCAGCGCUUCAUCUGCUUGAGCCAGGGCAAGCGUUUGUGGCAGAAUUCGACAACGUCACUGCGGAGACUGUUGAUCUUGCGAAAAAGUUGCUGGCCUGCCUCUGGGAAAACUACUUUCUCGAACAGGAUCCCGGGGCGCGCGAGUACUGGUGGAUUUGGCUUUCCGCGCGCAACUGGGCAGUGCUCGCUCAAAUCGACCCCGACCUCCUAAAAUUCCGGCUGCCGCUUCUGCUGCAAAAGGAAGGCGAUAAGGAGAAGAGAAAAGCGAUUAUAACGAGGUUGCAGAAUAUCGUCCUGGACUCACGGGCAGACGCGGUACUGGACUUUAGUACCGAUGAAGAAGUAGAGGAUGAUGAAGCCGACGACCUGGGCCAUCUGUUUGCUAGAGGCUUGCAAGAUGCACUCCUCCAUUCCAACACUGACCGCGGUGGAGCGAGUCCGACUUUCACUGCCAGCACGCGGAGCACUUUAAUCACAGAACAAGGACUCGACAGAAGCUACUUCGCCACUCUUAGUGACGUAGGAAGUAGCUCCGACCCUAUUAGCGAGAGCGAGCAAUCACCCGCAGCGAUGACGGAAGGAUUUCCUCAUGCACCGACCAAUGCGGUGGAAGGCGAUGGCGAAGCAGAAAACCUGGGCGGCGCCCCUCUGACUAGGAGUACAUCUGCGCCCCCGCCGCCCUCUAUGAUUCGGCGGGAUGCGAUGCGUGCGCUGUGCGUCGCGUUUGACCAACCGAUAGGUUUUGAGCGCCUCGUCGGGAAACAAUUGAAAACAAGCGGAAACAACGCCGAAGUCUUCGGCACGGAACCAAUUUACAACACGGUACGGUCGCACCUGUUCGCCGGCGAUGUGUUGGAGCAGCGACGGCUGCUCGAUUUUGUGCAGAACCAGCUGCAACAGGACUGCGACGCUGACCACGGUGUUUUUGUUCUGGCGUUGCAACAACUUUCCCACCUAACGGACAUUUUUCACGACCUCCCACAGGAAGUAGAUAAAAAAUGCGCUGGUUGUUGUACAAGAGGAAAUAGCGGUCAAGAGCACGAUGCAGCGAUUCACUUUCUCGAGAGCUUGCUUCUGCAGUUGCUGAGUCUAGGACAGACGAAAAUCGACCCGCACGAACACGCUGACACUGAGGACGGCACGACUUGCGGAAACCGUUUGAAAUCACUCUUCCAACUCGGUGCUCGUCGGGCGAUCUAUUCCCGAAGUUUUCAUCACAACCCCGAGUUUGCGACGCUUGUUGCCCUUUUGGCGCUGACUUCGCACGAAAGCAUCGCACGUACUCUGGGCGGCGGCGCCGAGAUUCAGCUCGUGCGGUUGCUGUUUAGCGGGGCCUUGCGGGGGGUAGCAGUAGCACGGGAAAUAACGAUGAACAAAUCUGGGUCCUUGUCGCGUGACUUGCAGAACAUGGAGGUUGAUUUGACGCCAACAAUGCCCUUCCGUGCUGAAACUGUUUUGCGAGACUUUUUGUACUACGCAUUCGUGGGAGAAAGUCGGACAAGUCUGCGAACAGACAAAAGAAUCUUCCUCGAGGCGUUCGAUACGGUGGUGAAGGAAAUCCACGUACUGCCCGGCAUUUCCGACAAAUGGCCAAUGCCGCAAAUGUCGGAGACAGAGGUCGUUGUGGCGCUGCGAAACAUCGCACUGGAAACGUAUCCAGAGGUACUCGGCAAACUGAGGCUCUUCGACGAGACGUUUAUUGCCGAACCACGGAUGUUGAGACCAGUAGAAGAAAUACCGCAAGAACGCUUGAGACAAAUCAGUAGAAAUACCUCCCCGACGAGCAGUCAAGUAGAAUCUUCCAGCCUUUCCUACUGCUCAACGGGCCGGGGUCAACGCCCCUUGAGGACAUAUCAUGCGAUCUGA